AUGUGCAUCAAAAUAACAAGCGUAUACGCAUGCACCCACCCGAUGUCAGAGUCCUCAUGGGAGCCCGCCAACGUCCUCGACUGCCCAGCGGCCGCCCGGAGUCGCGUGCUAAACAGAGACGGCACCGUCCAGCGCUGCGGUGCCGGCCGGGGCAACUACGAGAACUUUUACGUAUACCGUGCCACCUGCGACGACUGCUGGUCGACCCAGUGGCUGAUCUAUCACGGCUGGCUCUGCUGCCAGUGCAUUAACGAGAUGGAGCCGAACGCCACCAAGUGCGCGAGCGAGACCUGCGGCCACGAGGUCUGCGAUGAAUGCCACGCGCGAUACGACUGCGACUGUUCCAACUGCGGAGCCGAGAUAAAUCAGGACGAGAAUUGGUGUACGGCCUGUGGCUUCCUUGCUGUUCCGCCGCAUCCGUCCCUUUGCCAUAACCACCCUAUCGUUACUUCACAAUAUUUCAGAUCGCAGGAGGCCUGA